AUGGCGCAGCCUCCACCUACAACGGUGACUCAAACUAUCACAACCAUUCUCACAACCAGUGGCACACCGAUCACAUACACGGCAGCUUAUGUUUACGACAGCCAAGCAACUCUAUCUACUACUUCUGGCCCUCAAGGAAUCCAAGAGGUUAUAUCCGCAACAUUGCUAUCGUUUCUUGGAGAGCGCCCAGGUAGUCUUCCGGCGACAGUAUCCCCGAAUGCACCAACAACCAUCUAUUUGCCAUUUUCACAAAACCCAAGCAUACAGUCCACAGGAUCAACAUCCUCAAUGUCCGCCCCGUUGACAUCGAUGCCGAUGUCGGCAUCGACACCAGUAACAACAUCACAGUCAGGAUCAAGCUCAAGCUUUGCGACCACCUGCAGUUUCACCGUCAACGGAAACAGCACCGUUUAUGAUCCAUCCUGCCCUACAAAAUCGCCCCAACCGGGUAAAGAACGGGGCAAACUGAGCUCUGGUGCAGCGGCCGGGAUAGCUAUCGGCUGUCUCCUCGCUGGUCUUCUCCUUGGCCUUGCCGCUGCCUUCUGCUUCUUCUCAAGGCGAAAGCAAAGACACGGAGGCCAUAACGAUGUUGCCCAUGUUGCCGCGACACCCUCCAGAGAGGCGUCCUACGCACCGAUGAUUUCAGGGAUGAGGAGCCAUGGCGACAGUGGCAUGCCCGAACUGAAACACUUUCUUCUCGAAUCCCUCUCGGACCAAGAGCUCGCCGCCGAGCUUCGCGACCGACACAACCUCAUCCAGCAACACGUCGAAAACCACUAUCACUUCCGCCCCCUGGAUGCUACGCGUAUGAACCGCCAAAGCCUCCUCGCGGCCCUCUCUCAGCUAGGGCUAGGCCAGGCUGGCUCCGAGGGUCCUCCAGCCGAAACGAUCAUGUCACUUGCUUUGGACCCGAACACCAGGCAGAUAACUCUACAGCACGUUCUAUCCACGGUCAUCUUCACGAGCAUCGAUCCCGGGGCUCGAAGCCAUCUCUCCAUGCUGCCCACGUCCGUUGCGGCGUUUCUGCAGUCUCUUCCCCCGGAUGAACAGCACGGGCUCAGAAGACAGGUUGAUUCUCAAGCUUCCACCCUAGCUCUACACUGGUGGCGUGCCCUCUCCGCCUUUUUACUACACCCCCAACGCAGCCAACGGACAGCACUGACCCCCUCAGACGCGGCGCUCGUGCCUCAGGCUGCUGCUCUAGCGCAAGCUUUGAAUCGCUUCCUGCGACACUUCGUCGAGGACUCGGAUACAGCCAGGUUCCAGCAAGAAAGUCACCUGCGGGAAGUCAUCGCCGAGUGUGCCAAGUUUGGGUACGUGCUGUUUUCACAGCCGAGUGACUGGUGUUUCUUGCACGUUGCUAGACCCGAACAAGCGGCCGGUACGGCUCGUGGCUACCGAGGGAAGGUAGUGGUUGCUGCUGGUCUAGUCAAGCAUACGGAUAAGGAUGGAAGGCGGUUAGGUGGAAGUGCGCAGACGAAUGGGACGUUGGUGGUUCCACCUGUAGUUGGGUGCCGGAGUGAGUGA